UACAAAUAGUUUAAAAAAAGCAAACAAUAGUUUAUUUUUUAAAAUUCAGUCAAACUUCAAAUUUUUUGGUGUUAUUUCGUUUAGUCUUUUAGUUUGUAUGUUAAACAAAUGUAAAUUUAUGAAAGUUAUCUGUAAGCAAGUUAAUUCUUAAUUGCUUGGAUCAUAAUAUUCUUUUAAACUAAAACUAUGGAAUCUAUUUGGUUUAAGCCAGAGUUUUCGAAUGAGAUAAUACAAAAUCCGAAUAUUCUAGACCAAACACAAAAUGUAAUUACUGAUAUUAUAUCUGGACGGAUUGAAAUAACAACACUAGUUGAGAACAUGGCCGGAGUACUAACAAACAAAGAUGUUGAUAAAAGAGAUAAAGGGAUGAGAUUCUUUACUAAAAUGUUAAAAGAAUUGCCGCAGGACUAUUUAUCAGAUAUACAAAUAAAAUUUAUAUCCAAAUUCUAUGAGGAUAGAUUGAAAGAUAAUCAUAAAAUAAUACCUACUGUUUUAGAAGGGUAUUUAGCAGUGAUUGACAUGAAGAAUUAUAAUAUGCAGAACUGCGGAGAGUUCUUUACAACUUUGUUCCGUGAAGUACCUUGUCAGUCACAAGUACGGCAGGACAGACAUCAUAUAUAUUUAAUUGUGCAGAAAUUACUUGAUAAAGAUGUUAACUAUAUUAAAUCGUUGGGACCAGAUUUUGUGUAUGGAGUAAUAUCAUCUAUUGAAGGGGAGAGAGAUCCUCGUAAUUUGUUGUUUCUAUUUAAUUUUAUUCCUACCUUCCUGAAUCGUGUACCUUUAGGUCAUUUGACUGAAGAGAUGUUUGAUGUGAUCUCUUGUUACUAUCCAAUUGAUUUCCAUCCAUCACCAAAUGAUCCUGCCGCGGUUACAAGACAAGAUCUGGCUGCAGCAUUGAUACCCUGCAUGUGUGCGGUGCCGGAGUUCGCUGAACACUGUCUUGUGCUUCUCGUUGAGAAACUGGAUUCCACUUUGAGGGUUGCCAAAAUUGACUCAUUGAAGUUACUGGCUGAAAGUUGUAAAACAUUCAAACCAGAGAGUUAUAAACCUUUUUUAAAGACUUUAUGGUCUUCAAUACAUAGAGAGAUCACUCAUAAAACUGAUAGUGAUUUAAAAAUGGCAGCUCAUGAAGCAUUAUCAGGUCUAGUAUCGAGAUUAGCUACAACUGUAAACACGGAUCAGGAAUUCGAAAACUUUGUUAAGGCAAUAAUAAUAUCUAUUCAAACAGCAUUAGCUAGUUCCUCAACUGUAUCACAAUUUUCUCAAUCAAGUAAAAUAUUAUUAACCACAGCAAAUGCGUCUAUGGAAUCUUGUUUUUUAGUAACUAAAUGUAUGGUGCCAGCAAUUGCAGCUUAUUACGAAUUUAAAACAUCAUCAAAACUACAAAUCGCUAGUAUAGAGUUUCUUGGAGAUCUCUACGAUAUAGCUAAACAUUGGAAUAUGUUGAAAGAAUUAGAUGAAAAAAUCGAUGAAAUUCUUCAGCUCUGUUUAUUAGCUGUUAGUCAAACUUCCAGCGAUUACCAAAUAGCUGGUUUUAGAACUAUGAUAAAAAUGGCCGAUGUACUAAAAUCGAAUUUAAUUCUACCAUUUGUUGAAGUACUGACUUAUAAUGUGCAGCAUUCACAAGAUAGUGAAUUAUUAAAAAUAAGUGUUGAAGCGAUACAUGCUAUCGCUAGAUACAAUCCUGAAAUAAUAAUGAAUUUAGUUGUGAAAGGUAAAUGUGAAUUAGACAAUUUGAUGGAGGAUAAAACAAAUUUUCAAAAGCGUUUAAAUUUAUUAUCAAAUUUAGCGAGUAUAGAUGUUUUUACUACAUUAAUAGUUGAAGAGAUGUUAAAAAUAAUUACUGAUGAUCGAGAUAGUGCACCUAAAGUGGUUGAAGCAUUGAAUGAAUCGAUGUCAGAUACAACUUUGUAUACAGACGAAAAGAUAACAGAAAUAGAAAGUGAUCAUGGUUUAACAGAUUCAGUUAUAAAUUGGUUAUUAAGAGAAAUUAAAUUGGGAACUUGUGAAGAGACUUACAACCAUGGAUUCAUGUUAAUAUCGAAUACAAUAAGCAGUUUACCAGAAGACAAACAGCAGAUAAUAAUAUCGAAAUAUACAAACGAAUUGUUAGACGAAUGUAAGACGAAUGAUAUGAAUUUCUUGAUAAUUGAAAGUCUAUAUUUAUCUAUACAUGAAAAUUAUUAUGAUGUGGUUAUAAAAGAUAUAAUGACGUUAGCUUUGAGGUUAUCUUUGAAUAGUGAAAUUGAUACAGUUAGGAUGAAAGCGUGUGUGUUGGUGGGACAUUUCUUGAAUAAAGCGGAUCAUGGACAGAAAUUCGAUUUGUUAUAUGAAUUAUUGAAGGAUUAUUUGUCGUCGUGUAGAAGAGAUGAUUUAUCUUUAUGUCCAAGAUUAAUACAGUUAUAUGCGUGGAUUACAAAAGCUUUAGUAAUGAGAAGCAGUGGGCAGUUUCUAUUUUGGUUGGAAAAGAUUCUAGUUUCCAUAACUAGUGAGGAUUAUGCUAAAGAAGGCGCUGAAGCUAUUCGCUUAAUAGUGUCAGAUUUUCAGGAAUAUUUGAGCAGACGGCAACACUGUAGAAUAACUCCUUUCUACAAACAGAGAAUAUUCCAAUCGUUUUCAAAUUUAACGGCGAAACUUGAUUUAUUAAAUUCAGAAGUAAAGGAGUAUUAUUUAUUGAGUUGGGCGUACAUUUUAGCGAAAACGCCGAAAAGUGUUCUUAACAAUCAUCCUAAUAGAGUCUCGUGUUUAGUUAUUGACGGAUUAGAGUAUGACAAUAAGGAUUUGCUGGUAGUGAUGCUGGACGUGCUGUGUCACUUCGUGCAAGCGAAACACGGCGUAGUGGCCGACAGCUUACAGACUAUAUUGCCUCGGCUGAUUAAACUGUCCACGUAUGUCAAAUCUAUGGAUGUUAGAAUAAAGAGUUUACAAAAUCUAUUCGAAAUCGCUAAAGGGUAUCCGACAUCGGUACUUUUACCUUAUAAACAGGAUGUGUUACUUGAAAUAGCGCCAUCUCUUGACGACAAGAAGCGAUUGGUACGCAAUAUGGCGGUUCAAGCGCGUACUAGAUGGUUUCUGGUCGGCGCUCCUGGAGAAAAUAAAGAUAAUUAACUAUGUGAUAUCACACAAACAUUUCGGUGUUUCCCGUUGGGGAUUGGCCUUAGGUCGGCUCAAAGGGAAAAAUCCCAUUGAUAUAGCAAAUCGGUCGGACACUUCGGAAAACAUCUUAUUAUUUGGUUUAAAAUGUUUUUGUAUCCAAUUAAAUUUCACAAGUAUAGAAAAUACCAAACUGUUGACAACCAAAAAGAAAUUAAAGACCUAUGACGUCACUAAUCGAUGUUUCAUUGAGUUCUAAAGACCAUUAAUUGGAUACAUUAAUUACUUUUAAAUAGAUCUGUUAAUUUUGGCUAUUAUUUUUAUUGUUUAGUGCGUAUUAGGCAUUUAUUUUUAAACACUAAUAAAAUGUUAAUGUUGGCACUUUCCAUACGUAAUAAAUGUAAUUUUAAAAUAUAAAUUCCUGUAUGUAUUUAUUGUAUUGAAAAAUUAAAAUAUUCCCAAUUAUUUUCGAUCUAAUAGAAAAUAAAAAAAAUGUACAGAAAAAUAGAAAGGUUUGUUUAACUGUAAUU